UUCAUUAACUUCCGUAAUAUUCAGUUGUUAAUCGUUAUUACUGUAUUAGGAUAUGCAUUGUUUGAUCUAAUUGCUGAAAUUUCAUUUCAAGUUCUUACUAGCAGUAGUUACAUGUUUGUUUUGGAAUUAGAUAUAUUAGGUAAUCAUUACUAGCUUAAGAAUCCUUCUUCGUUUCUCAUAUAUAUCGCCGAAAAUUAUCGUUAAUUCAGGUAAUAAUUUUAUUGACUUUCGAGAAUAUUUGGUUGUGCAGUCGUUGUUGCUGUAUUAGGAUAUACUUUUCCUGAUCUGAUUGCUAUAUUCGUUUGAAGUUCUUACUAGAUUUAAUCUACGGUUAUGGUUUAGGGUUUAAGUUUACUCUUCGCUUUAUUUACUAAACAAGAGAAGCUCUACUUUGAUUUUGAAUCUAGUAAUUUGAUAUGGAACGUUAACACCACCCUCUUUUACUAUUUGCGAUACAAUGAAUAAAGUUCAAUUUAGUUCGCGGGUGCUCCUUAAAUUUUAAAGUCCUUAUAUAUUUUAUGAUUGACGGUUAGCCUGUUCGACUACAAUAGACAGACUGCAGAUCUUUCGUUUUGAGAUAGAGGGAAACCCACUGUUAAUUUGUUGGUUUCAUGGGUUCAUAGCUCGUUAACAAUAUUUCUCAGUUUUGGACUUUAUGUUUGGGGAUUAUGUAUAUUUAGCUGAUAGAAGUAUUCCUGCUUGAGAAAUUUGCUUUAAUUUAGAUUGUUAACUGCUCUUGCUAUAUUCUGUGAUUAUGUUCAUUUAAAUUGACUGUUCUUGUUGUAUUAUGAUUGUUAAUUUUCGUUGCUCUUGUUAUAAUAUGUGCUGGGAAAGGUUUGUGGGAUGGUCAAUAGAUGAGCAUGUCAAAGAGCCUUAUAGAGAGCCCUAUGAUAUGAAUUAACCCCUCAUUUUCUUAGUUAUUUUUGUUCGCAUGUAUGAUGGUAGAAAUAUUUAGUUAGGAUAUGUGGAACCUCUUUGAGUUCUCUCUAAAAGAGCCUUAUAGAGAGAGGGGAGGUUUCUACAUAUAUACAUGUUUGAUGGUCCUAUGUGUGACUCCGACACGCCCCCUCAAAUGGAGGUUAGCUGGUGGCUCCUAUAAGGGAUGUGAAAGAGCGUUUCGAGUCCCUAAAUGUCGUAGACCCCGGCUCUGAUACCAAGUUAGGAUAUGUGGAAUCCUUUGAAUUAUCUCUAAAAGAGUUUUUAUAAAGAGAGGGGAGGUUCCCAGGUAUAUACAAGUUUGAUGGUCCAUGUCUAGAUAGUGUGGGACUCCAACAACUUUGUUUUCAUUUUCUUUUGUCUAAAGAUUACUUUCUUAUUUAAUUAUAUGAUACUGAAGGGAUGUUGGAAAAUUGAUAUAUGAGAGACAUAAUAUCAAGUCAAUCUGGAUCAACCUUUAGGUGUAGAAAAAGGAUUUACUCUUGAGUAUCUAUGUUUGGGCGACCCUAGGAGAUCCGGAAAGAUACUCCUUUCUGAUGGUCAUGGGUACUAUCUUUGGGAGCAGCCACUUUGCAUAAUACAAGAGAAAUGCUAGGCACCUAUACACUCCCUAGUCUUUCAUACCACCUUCAUAUGCUGGUUCAUCCUCUAUCUAUGUUGCAAAUGUUUGGGUUUAUUAGAAUGUUCAUCGAAGUUCACUAUAGUGUGUAUAUUCCACUGCUAUAUUCCAAAUGUUCUGAUGUUUUUCUGUGUAUGCCCUUGUGGCAUUCCUUGUUAAGGGAUAGCAAAAAGUCCCAUCUUAUCAAUGCGUUCUCAGCCUUGUUUUUUGCCACUAGCUUUUCCCAAGUUCGCUUUUAUUGUUCCUAUAAAAGAUAAAUAGUACUUUACCAGUCACAUAAUUUAUAAUUCUAUGAUCCAUAAUUGAAUUUCUGAUGUUUUCUUGUAGCAAAUGUUUGGGAAUAUUGAGAUCCAGUGACAGUUUGGAGUAACUGCAGAUUUUCAGCAUUUUAAAGGAUGAUUCUUUCUGCUCUUUUGACUUCCGUUGGAAUAAAUCUUGGUUUAUGUUUCCUAUUCUUCACUCUAUACUCCAUAUUGAGGAAGCAACCAGGUAAUGCAGAUGUUUAUGCACCACGCUUGGUUGCCGAAGGAAAAUCUGACCAGAGAAACGAUUUCAACUUGGAAAGGUUACUGCCUUCUACCAGUUGGGUUAAGAGGUCAUGGAAUCCCUCCGAACAAGAACUUCUCGUGCGUGCGGGUUUAGAUGGUGUCGUCUUUAUGCGCAUUAUUAUCUUCAGUUUGAAAGUAUUUGCUUUUGCUGGGGUACUUGGCCUUUGUGUUCUUCUACCAAUCAAUUAUAUGGGAAGUCAGAUCGUGAUUGAUUUUUCUGACAUCACAAACAUGUCUCUUGAAUCAUUCAUGAUUUCAAAUGUCAAUGAUGGUUCGAAAAGGUUAUGGGUUCACUUCAGUGCGGUAUAUGUCUUCACUGCAUUUGUCUGCUAUCUUCUUUAUGUUGAGUAUAGUUAUAUCUCUGCGAAAAGGCUUGCCUUCUUCUACUCAUCCAAGCCAAAGCCGGAUCAAUUUACUGUAUUGGUUCGGGGUACCCCAAAAUCGUCCACAGACAGCUUUAGUGGAAGUGUUGAGAAAUUUUUCACAGAGUAUUAUCCAACACUAUAUCUGUCACAUUACAUGGUGUAUCACACUACAAAGAUUCAGAAGCUAAUUAGUGAUGCUGAGAAGGUGCAUAGAAAGCUUGCUCUUCUGAAGUCGACACAGCCAACUUCAAAAAGGUUUGGACGUGUUGGAUUUUUGGGGAUUUUUGGUCCCAAAGUUGAUCUCUUGGAGUAUUAUGAAAAGAAGUUAGAAGAGCUAGAAGAUAAUGUGAGGAUGCAACAGUCAUUACUUAGUGGGAAGGAAACUUCUGCUGCUUUUGUAUCUUUCAAGUCACGGCUUGGUGCUGCAAUAGCUUUACACAUCCAACAAGGAGAAAAUCCUACAGAGUGGCUAACCGAGCAGGCUCCAGAGCCCCAGGAUAUAUACUGGCCCUUCUUUUCUGCGUCAUUCAUAAGUAUAUGGAUUGGGAAUGUCGUGGUGGUUGUUGCAUGUAUUGCUCUUACACUUUUGUUCUUCGUACCUGUAAUCCUAGUGCAGAGUCUCACUCAUUUGGACCAACUGGAGACCUGGUUCCCUUUUCUGAAAGGUGUACUGCAAAUAACGUUCGUAAGUCAGGUCAUCACAGGAUAUCUCCCUAGUCUGAUUCUCAAGCUGUUUUUGUAUUUUGUGCCACCUGUCAUGACAAUGUUAUCCUGUCUCCAAGGCUAUGUUGCACACAGUCAGAUAGAGAAAAGUGCAUCUAACAAGAUGCUAUGGUUCACCAUAUGGAACGUAUUCUUCGUAACCUCUUUGUCGGGAUCAGUUUUAUAUCAGGUCCAUAUGUUUUGGGAGCCUAAGGAAAUACCAAAUAUAUUAGCAGUUGCCGUUCCAGCACAGGCUACAUUCUUCAUCACAUAUGUCGUGACAUCUGGCUGGACCAGUACAGCUUCAGAGCUUUUUCGCUUGAUGCCCCUCAUUUCCAGUUUCACGAGAAGAAAUAUACUCACAAAAACUGGUGAACAAUUUGAAGUGCCUUCAGUUCCUUACAGCAGUGAGCUCCCCAACAUUCUCUUAUUUGGACUUCUGGGCAUUACCUACUUUUUCCUGUCGCCCUUAAUUCUGCCGUUUCUAUUGGUUUACUACUGUCUGGCAUACAUAAUUUAUCGUCACCAGUUGCUCGAUGUCUAUUCACCGAAAUUUGAGACUGCAGGAAUGUUUUGGCCGAUUGUGCACAAUUCAACAGUUUUUUCGUUGGUAUUGAUGCACUUAAUUGCUGUGGGGAUAUUUGGUCUGAAGAAAAUUCCCCUGGCUGCCAGUUUGACUAUUCCACUCCCCAUCAUCACUCUUCUGUUUAACGGCUACUGCCGAAAGCGAUUCCUACCAGUUUUCAAGGGCUAUCCUGCUGAGCGGCCUUUUAUAAGUGGACAAAAACUUACGAGUGUCGAGUGGGCACUAGACGGGUAUAGAUUUUCCCAAAGCGUUCGAGUUUCUAGAGUGGUAGACCUUCAAGUAAGUCGAAUCGAACAGAAUGACAAAGCUAUAUUGACUUGCAUCUCCUGCAGUGAAAGUGAUCCUUGCAUCGGGUUUGGUCGUUGCAGCUCUUCAAAAGAUGUCAUAUUGCCCCCUGGCUUUGUAGUCUCUUAGAUUAUUCAUCAAUGGUGACAUGAGCUAUAGAUGGAGUCCUUCAG